AUGGGUGAGGUCCUGUCGCCCGCCCAGUCGGCUGCGCUCUUUGACAUAUUAACCCACCAUGACACUUACGCACAGAUCCGCGAGUUCAGAAAGCCCGGCACCCUCGCCCACUAUGGCCCGCCGUUUACGGCCAGACCUGGACAGCCAUCCAAUGCCCCUUUCUUGCAGGCUCUGGUGUCGAAAUUUGUGUUGAACUUACCGGGGCUGAACAACCUGCCUGAAAAGUGGUGGAAGGUCCAAUGUCAUGAUAUCAUCGAGAACCUUGAAGCAGCCAACCUCAGCGAGAGCUACGACAAAGGGGUCAUUGGGAGUCGCAAAACGCUCUCUACUGCCAUCUCCGCCCUGAUUGAAUAUCCCGUUCGAGGUGUCUAUGGUGGCUUUCCUGAGAUCAAGAAUCAUGACUACAACUACGACAUCCGCAAUGCAGACGACCUUAAUCGAGCCUUCCGAGAAUUCCUGAGCGAUGCCGUCUAUGGAAAUGUCCUGGAUGAGCUCGUCCAGAAGACUGCCGAAACUGGCAACCUGGAAGACCAUGGACCGCAGGCGAAGGCGGUGCACGAAUUCGUGCUUGUCAACCUUGCGUCUUUGAUGCAUUACACGCUCAUCUUGUCACCGAAGGGCCAGUAUUUGCUGAAGCUCGUCGACAAUGCCAACAGGCUGGUACCAUACAUGGUCCUCAAGCAGACCUUGAAGAUCGGAAAUGUGGCAUCCAUGCUCAACGGCAUAGUCAAGAUUGGACUGGCCAAAAUGAGCGUGACCAGUGUAACAAACUGGAUGGGUUUGACGUCAAACCCAAACGAAGGCAUGAAUCUAAUGCAAACCAUCAUCUCCACCGUCCUGAACUGGGAUAUCAAAGACCUCGAAUCCCGCGCGUCCAAGAUCGAACGAGAACGAGCCAAACUCGGCAAAGAGCAACUACGUUCCUUGAAAGAUUACACCAACAAACCUCAGCACGAGCAGGAUCGCAUCCGAACACAAAGCCAAACGCAGCACAUGUCGAUCGUCACCGCCAUCUUGCAGGAGAGCAAAUGCUCGUCGACCGAACUGACCGAUUUCCAUCACCAACAAGCCCUCGAAUACCUCUCGAUCCACCUCUCGAUCCGUGAUCGAAAGCAGUUGAUACAGUGCCUUUGCAAAGGCACACCGGACCACCUGACCGUUUCCGUGAGGGAAGUGAUCGAGGCUUACGAGCCUGUCAUACGACGAAUGCACAAUGCCAUUGAUUUAUCAUCGACGCUGUCUGACUUUGAGUACUUCCUCAAGGACUUGAUCAAGCUGGCCAAGGUCCAAACAGACAAGUCGGGUAAAUCGAUUGUGCCUACGGUCGGGGACUUUGUGCAAUUGCUGCGGAAACAUCAGAGAGCCGCUCAUGCCUUCCUUCACCAAUGCUGUAAGAAUGACAAGGAACUGACUGGAUGGUAUCUGGAGUGGUCAAAGCAAGCGGUAUCGCAGUUCAAACGAGAUCCUGGGCCUGACACGAAUCCUGACGAUCCUGAGAUCACCAGCAAGGGAGCAGGGAAGCUGACACGGCCACUCCACGAGCUCUUCCAAUCAUUGCCCAAAGAGACACAAUCGCACAUCAUCCCAAUCCUCGACUCUCAUUCGAUAUUCCUUGAAAAGAUGCAUAGCCAAUCGGUGGCCCGCCUAGCAAGUGUUCUGAGAUCCCCGCCAUCCAGGGAUCCCGCCAUUGCAAAGAUCUUUGCCAAUUCCGCAGCCAGCCGUCCGCCUUCUCGAUCUGCGAGUCCUCCCCCACGGAUUGAUCCCCGGAGCGCAUCGACGCCCACAUUGGCCGGAGAAGGGACAGACGGAAACGACGAUGCAAUCCCCGAAGUCUCGUCUUCCCCAGGUCCAGGGGCGUUCCUGGCUCGCUGGCAAACUUUACUUGACGCCACACCCAUCACUCCGUUGACACAAUCCGGCCCGUUGCAAGCAGCAAGCAGUCCUGAAGUGGUUCAAGCCAGCUCCGCCGACGUAGACGGAAGGAGGUUGGUUAAAUUCGGAUCACAGGAGGCAAGGGGCGAGAAGAUCCGGGCCGGAGGUCAAGCCGGGCACAAAGACAGCAAUAAAGAUAAUACCAACCUCAAAAGCAAGGACUCCGCAGGCCCUGGACUCGGAGUGAGGGAAAGACAGAAGGACCUGAAAAUCGUCAUUGAUGCAAUGGGCAGCCAGUUCCGCCAGCUCUUGGGCGAGAAGGGUUGUUACUGGUAG